AUGCAGCCAUUUUAUCGAUUAAAAUCGGAUAAAAAUUCACAGGUUUUCCGUCACCAUCACGUCACUGCUUUUACAUUUGGUGUCAUACCAUUAUUUCUGGGUACCGUGGUUGAUUAUUACGCUUUAUAUAAUCAAAAAGCAUGUUUUAGUAUCUCCUCCCGUGCCGCUACAUAUUUUAUCUCUUCCUUUCCUGUUAUUGGUCUAUGUUUUUGUAUUUUUUUCGCAUUGUAUAGCAAUUUCGAAAAAGCUACGGAGACUCAUUGUAGUAUUCCUAAUGUUCUCCCAUCAAUAUCGGUUGCUAUUGGUGAUUUCUAUUGGGGGCGGUUGAUUUGGAGGAUUCUGAUUUUCGUUCAUCUUAUACCUCGAGUGUUAGCAGCGUUUGCAUAUGCGCAGUUAUUCAGAGUGCCGUUAGAAACUACUGUGCGAAGUACUUUUCGUUAUCUCACUUGUUUUCUUAGCCUAUUAGAAUUAUUUUGCUUAGCAGUGGUCAGCGCUAUUUCAUCUAAAGAUAAUCAUUUUCGCCAUGUUCUUGCUUUCUCCAUCUUUCAGAUAGCGGGAAUGAUUCAUGGUGUGUUACAUAUUAUAAUAUAUCGAAUAACGGGCAUCUGUGAUUAUAAUACUCAUACAAGAAAAUCUUACAGGGUGAAAAAGACAUGUUACAAGUGGUCUGUGUCAUUUCUCAUUAUUUGUGCUCUUUUGUACUAUCGUCAUAAUAGCCGGUGCGAGCCUUAUGUUUUUUCAGCAUUUGCAUUUUUUGAAUACCUUAUUGUGCUAACAAAUAUCUGUUUUCACGCUACAUUUAGAUUUGAUUUCUACGGCUUGCGUAUUUUUGUGUUUUGA